GUGAAAAACCUUUUAAAUGUGAGUUCGAGGGCUGCAACCGGAGGUUCGCGAACAGCAGCGACAGGAAGAAGCACUCCCACGUGCACUCCAGUGAUAAACCCUACAUGUGCAAGGUCAGAGGCUGCGACAAGUGCUACACCCACCCGAGCUCCCUGCGGAAGCACAUGAAGCUGCACUGCGCCACCAACAAGGCCCACGUCUCCAAAGACGACGGCGGCGGUGGCGGCGGCGGCGACGCGCGGCUCGGUGAAGAGGACCAGGCCGCGGAGGGCAGGUCGACCCAGAUCAGCCCCCCGCACCCUCCCACCUCAACUCAGGACGUCCCCCUGUCCCCCGAGAGUCGGGACGACUCGACCCCGAGGUCACGCUUCCAUCACGCGUUUGACAGCAGCUUGGACUACCCCGUGCACAGGGCGCAGCCCCUCCUGGACCCCUUGUUGCUGCAGAGGGGCGGCUACAGGUCCCAGUCCUCCCAGUAUCCCUGCAGCCAGACGGGGCACGCGUUCCCCCAGACCUCUCGGACUUUCUCCUCCGCCUCGUCCUUUCAGAAAAGCAUCGUGAACGGAUGGUACACGUGCCACAGCGGCGUGGACUCGUUCCCACCAAAGCAGUGCAGCAACAUCCCCUCUCUUUGAGACUCUGGUGGGACACAUUCAGCUGCAGACCCCUUAUGUGUCCCCCCCCCUGCUGUAGCUUCAGACUGGCAGCUGUUUCUCUCUACUUUUUGUGAAUGUUGUAUCAGGUAGUUUGUGAGARGUCCUCAGUCACCCUGCGUUGCCAAACGUGUCCAAGCUUUUCUUUUCCUUGUUGUUGUGAGGCCUUUAAAUCUUCGGACAGGAACAAAGUUCAUCGCUUAUUUGUUGUUUAAGAUAGCCUGUCGAUUUGAUAAAGAUUCUUAAAAUACAAGUUUCUUAAUUUAAGUGGAAAUCCAUAUCUGUGUAUUGAGUUUUAUGACAUUUCUAUUCUUCUGAAAGGGUUAAAAAGGAAAAAAAAAAAAAAAAAAUAAAGCCUUGCUGAAUGUAGCCCUCACUGUAGGGGUCUUUGUUGAAUGUAAACUAGGUGUAAUGUAUGUCGGGAUGAAUAGAAAAUAUAUUCAUGAUUUAUGUAUGUCGCAAGAUGAAUAAUUAUCUGGAAGAUCUUUUUUUUUCAGUUAAAUUUCAAGAUCUAACAAGCCCCACGUGGUGGGCCUGGAGCAUGGUUUGUCUGUAAUUAAAAUACCACCAGGCUCAUCAUUAUUAUUAUUUUAAAUAUUAUUAUUAUUUUUCUUCCCUUGACUAAGUUGAAAUAUUUCGCCUCCUUCAUUAAACAUUCCUUGUACAAUAUGUAUGUUCACAUUUCUGUGCAAAGUGAGUAAAACCACAGUGUUCAUGUUAAUGGUAUAAUUAGACUCCAGUUCCACUGUACAUAAGCCUACUGUAUAAUUAAUUAUGUACCUUAUAUUUUAUUAAAGUGUCUAUAUUCUCUUUGA